AUGGCCAUCUUGCUUGCGCUGGCGAAGGUGGUCUUCACCAGCGAGAACGGAUGCAAUCAGGCCAACGGAGUCGAGACGUGCGGUGGGAAGGUGGUGUACAACUUCAAUACAUCGACCUGCUACGCCUACUCCGGCUACUACUUGGCUUCCGACUUCACCAACCUGUUCGUCCAGUAUGUCAACCAGCCUGGCGCUGUCGGCUGGGCGACCUUCUUCUUCACCGGCAAUCAGUGCUCGAGCUCCACCCUCACCGGCGGGUACAUCGGGUUCUGCCCUGACAACACCUGCUGCGUGGCCCCGCUCAGAAUCGGAAAUUACACCCUGGGCUGCUUUGAGGUCAAGGGUCCGCGCAAGACCAACCACCACUUGUAG